CGCAAUUAUCACGUGAAAGAGUCGCGCACGCGUGCUUUUUGUCGCUGCAUGCAGAUCAUGUUGUGUUCCUUGUUGUUCAGAGUUCAGUAGUUCAAUAAUUGCAGUCACCGUUCGCUUUUCCUUCAUCUCUUUUUAAAGUAUGGCAGAGGUAAAGGUGAAGCAAGAGUGCACAGAUCCUACAGAGAUUGAAAACAGAAUUAAAGAGCUAUGCAUGCAGUUUCCACAUGGAAUAACAGACCAGGUGAUCCAGAAUGAAAUGCCUCAUAUAGAAGCACAGCAGAGGGCUAUGGUUAUCAACAAGCUUCUGUCGCUGGGUCAGCUAGACCUCCUGAGAAGUAGUAAUGGUCUCCUGUACAGGUUAAAAGAUGCACAAAGUACAAGCAAAAUGAAAGGGUCAGAUAAUCAAGAAAAACUGGUUUAUCAGAUAAUAGAAGAUGCAGGAAACAAAGGUAUAUGGAGUCGAGAUAUUCGGUAUAAGAGUAAUCUGCCUCUAACUGAGAUUAACAAAAUUCUAAAGAGCUUGGAGAGCAAAAAACUCAUUAAGGCAGUUAAGUCUGUGGCUGCUUCAAAGAAGAAGGUUUAUAUGUUAUAUAAUGUACAACCAGACCGCUCAGUAACUGGAGGAGCAUGGUAUAGUGACCAAGAUUUUGAAUCUGAGUUUGUAGAAGUAUUGAACCAGCAAUGCUAUAAAUUUCUUCAGAGCAAGGCUGAGGCUGCUCGGGAUAGCAAGCAGAGUCCAUUAGUGCAGAGGAACAGCUCAUUUGCGUCUUCUCAUGAGGUCUGGAAGUACAUAUGUGAACUAGGGAUUAGUAAGGUUGAGCUCUCAAUGGAGGAUAUUGAAACAAUUUUAAAUACACUCAUAUAUGAUGGGAAAGUGGAGAUGACCAUUAUUGCUGCAAAAGAGGGAACAGUUGGCAGUGUUGAUGGGCAAAUGAAACUUUACAGAGGAGUUAACCCUAUCAUUCAACCAGCUGGUUUGGUCAAGACCCCGUGUGGCCUUUGCCCGGUGUUUGAUGACUGCCAUGAAGGAGGAGAGAUCUCACCUUCCAACUGCACUUAUAUGACAGAAUGGUUAGAAUUCUGAAAGUAGACUUGAUAUUUUUUAUUUUAACACUUGAGACUUUUUCACUGGCAUAGUAAUUGCCUUCACUUUCAGUAUUAAGUGAAACAACAAUUGUUACCAAAAGAAUAUAUUUUCUGUUGAAUGUAAUAAAUGAUAUUAUGAUGUUUAUAUUUCUGUUAAUAAAAUAUAUUUAGGCUCAAUGAGUGUUAAAACUAAUACAAAAAUAGAACUUCAUCAAAAUGCAUGUGAUAACAAGUGCUAUUCACUUUUUAUGGUCCAGAAAGUGAAGAUUUACUGUUAGACCAUGGAUGACCACAAAUAUUUAGGAACAUCUGUAAUCCUGAAUUAAACAACGACGGUACAACCUUUUCUUUCAAUAAUGUAAAUAUAUUUAUAUAAACAAUGUGUAAAUAAAAUUUGUUUUUGGUUUAA